GUAAAUUUUAAAAAUUGCUAGAAGUGCACGGUACCCGAAGUGCACCCAUAGACUCUAGAGUAGACAAAUUCUGCAUUCUAGUCUGUUGUUCUGUAGUCAACUGAAAAUUAAGUGCUUACUAUAACUUGACGUUUGUAGUGAUUACAUGGGUUGAGUAAAAUUGCUUAUUGUAAAAGAUUUAUGAUACUUCGCUCUAGCUCCUUUUCUCGCAGAAUGAUGGAUCGAGGGGCACUAAUUGUUUUUGAAGGCUGCGACCACAGUGGCAAGACGACGCAAUGCAAACGACUGGUGGAGUUGUUGGAGCAAAAACGGAUACCCGUCCAGCAAUUCAGAUUUCCAGACAGAACAACGGCAAUUGGUCAAAUGAUUAAUAGCUACCUCAGCAACAAACAGGAUAUCGAAGAUCACGCAGUUCAUCUGCUGUUUUCAGCUAACAGAUGGGAACUAGUUCCUAAGAUGAAAGUACUUCUUGAGGCUGGAACCACCCUCAUCGUGGAUAGAUAUGCCUACUCUGGGGUUUCCUUCACUGCUGCAAAAGAGGGCUUUUCAAUAGACUGGUGUAAGCAGCCAGACUGUGGACUUCCUCGCCCUGAUCUAGUUCUCUACCUGAACCUGAGACCAGAUGCUGCAGCAAAGCGUGGAAAUUUCGGCAAUGAGCGGUACGAACAGACAGAUUUCCAGGCCAAGGUCAUGAAAAACUUUCAUCUUCUUAAGGAGUCCUACUGGAAGGAGAUAGAUGCAGAUAAGACAGAAGAUGAUCUAGCAGCAGAACUUGGUGAGAUUGUGUUAAACUGUAUCCCCACAGUAAGGGAGAGGCCAAUCGAAAAACUUUGGUGUAAAGAGGAAGGAUAACUAUCAUGAACUGCAACCAGAUUAUGAACUUCACCUAAGACCUGAUAUCAAUGAAGCAAAUCCAAAAUGUGUUAAAAUCUCUGUGUCAAAAAAGAGAUCUUAAAUAUUUCAAAGUACAGCUCCUCAGAAAAAUGUUGGUUUCCAAACUGAACAGAUAUCUUUCAUAAAAUGCAAAUAAAAAAAAACCUUGUAGUUUAUGUAUAAGAAUAUGCAACACUCUGACAUUAAGAUUUGUUUCCAAACUGAACAGAUAUCUUUCAUUAAAUGCAAAUAAAAAAAAAACCCUUGUA